CAUCAUCUCAUCACACACAAACACUUCACUCCAACAACAUCACCAAUACCACAAACUUCAACUCCUCUAUAUCCAUCAUGCAGUUCAUCACCGCCGCCACCCUCUUCGCUGUUGCGCUUGCCGCUCCUACUCCCCAGACCGCCGACUGCCCCAACCCAGCUCACUGCGGCGAGACCAGCCCUACCGUCUACGAGAACAUCAACAUCACCGGUUUCUCUCUGCGCAAGAACAACGGCGCCGUCGAGUCCAUCAGCUUCAAGCUCACCGGCGAUGAGGCUCAGGAGCCAAUCCAGUGCUCUAUCCCCAAGUUCACCACCUUCCCCAGCGAGAUGGUCACUUGCGACGACGGCAAGUCCAACUACCGCGUGGUCGCCAUCAAGCCCAAGGACGCCACUGCCGACGCAGACCUCGCUAUCUACCACCAGACUGGCCAGGCCUCUGGCCUCUGGCAGGAGGCUCCUCUUCCUGCCAACUACUGCCACGCUGGCGGUAACGGCCCCGACGACUUCAUCUGCGCUCAGAUCCCUGAUGUCUACACUGUCGUCCUCACUCCUUCCGGCCCCUUCGAAGGCCAGAACUAGAUGUUUUUGAGCAUUAGACCCACGGCUUCUUGUAUAUACAAUGUUUAAUCAAUCAAUCAAUGUAGAUAUUGACACACAA